GGGAGGGCCGGUGUGUCCCAGCCCUCUGCAUCCAGCUGGUGCGUCGCUCCGCAGCAGUAGCGCGACACUCUCACUAUGGCUUUAGCCGCAAGCAGGACGCUCUUGGCGCUAUUCGUUACGUUUUGCACACCAGAAUGCGGAUGGACAGCAGAGAAGCCCCUGAGGCCACAGAAUGGGAAACAGACAUCUGUGGAAAGGGACUUGAGGGAGACCUGGGAGCCUUCUAUCCAUCUGGAUGGAAGACCUGUGGACCGCUUUGUCAUCAGCCCCAGCAAGCCCGCAAGGUCUAAUCGCUUCACUAAAGUGGGAAAGGACAGUCGUUCUCACCUUCUGGAGGAUGUAGACCCUGAAUGGGUUAACCUUGAUGGCUUUGCUGUGUUGGGCGGUACACCUGUCAGCAACUCGUCGGCAGGUCAAGCCAGAUCUCCACAAACUGCUGCCAGAAAUCAGCCCUUUGUACAGCGGGCCACCAGGGUGGACAGAACAACUCGUCCAUUGGGCGGGUCUAAUACUAGGACACAUAGGAGGGCUCCUCAGUCAUCCUCAGGACCCAGACAGCCUGAGAGAGCUUUGGCUGGAGCCCCUCUGCUGGAAAGGAGACGCCAACACCACACCAAGCCUCAGUCUGACCAGAGAAACAGAAACAUGCACAAACUAACAUCUGAGUCCGUUCAUGUGGUGUCACUGCAGGCACAGAAAACCCUGGGCCAGAGCGCACCUGCCAACAGAGCAGUUGCAGCUAAAACACCCACACCAGAGCCACCAGAGUAUGAGGCCCAGGACAUCAGUGUCAGGGUAAUGUCUCCUCAGUCAGUCCUCGUCUCUUGGGUUGACCCUGCUGUUGAGAUGGGAAAGGUUACCCCCGACUCAUCCAGAUCCUACACAAUUAGGUACAGGGAAAAAGGCGAGUCUGCACGCUGGGAGUACAAGGACAGCACCCAGAGGAGAAUGAUGAUAGACACUCUGUCUGCUGACAGCAUGUAUGAGUUUUCUGUUAGGAUCUCUCAGGAAGAAAAUCAUGGGAAGUGGAGCGUCUCAGUCUUUCAGAGGACCCCUGAGUCAGCACCAUCUGGGCCUCCAGAGAACUUUGAAGUCAAGCCACUACGAGGGAAAGGAACAGCAGUCAUAGCAACGUGGGAUCCACCUGAAGAACCUAAUGGGAGAAUAAGAGAGUACAUUCUGUCUUAUGCUCCUGCUCUGAAGCCAUUUGGAAUGAAAAGUGUCACGUACCGUGGUAGCACCACCACAGCCACCAUAGAUGGUCUCACACCAGGAGACCGGUACAUCUUCAAAAUCAGAGCCACCAACAGGAGGGGACAGGGACCACAGAGCAAAGUCUUAAGCGUUGCCAUGCCAGAGUCCAGCAGUGCUGCCUCAUCAUUCUCAAAAACCAAGGACAGCCGCAGGACUAGCCAUGCUCCUUCCAAACAGGAUACCCAUCAUGAUGUAUCUGAAGUGCAGUCAACAGAGGUGCAGCAAGAACCAACCACACCCCCUCAACCACGCCCUGCUGCACCUGUGAACAGGCGUGUGCGUCCACUUUCCCAGACACGCUCCUAUCAUAGUAUCUUCUCCUCUGUAAGGGGCUCAGUCAGGAAUGCAGUGAACAGAGGGUCAUCCAGAGGCAGAGCUCCAGACAGAGAGGAGGAGCAGGAGGAGGAGGAGGAGGAGGAGAAAGAAGAGGAAACGCCUACAAUGCCACCUCCACUAAGAGAAACUACAACCAUAGAGGUUGUAAUGGAGACAAAAGAACCAGACAACGAUGUUUCCCCUGAAUCUGAGGAUCAGGUGUCCCUGACAACUGAGACCCCCAGCCUCAAAGUUCUGACACCUUCCCCAACUAAAAUGUCUACUCGUCCCAGAAGGCCCAUUAAGAUUAGGAUCCAUCAAAAGCCAGGAUCCAAGGAUGCUUCCUCCUCCUCAUCCACCUCUUCAUCUUCUAGAUCCUCAGCUUCCUCCUCUUCUUCUGAUUCCUCUACUUCUUUUUCAUCCUCUUCAUCAUCUCCUUCAACAAUUUCAUUAUCACCCUCUUCACAUAUUCAAGAGUCAGCUGCCAGCAAAAAGGAUUAUGUACCUUCCACAUACCCAGAUAGUAAAAACACUUAUGAUAAGCACAGCAUGUCAUAUACAAAACCCUCCACGACAGUUGUAAAAGACACAAAUUCACAGCAGACAGAGGCUUCAUCAUUAGGUGGAGGCUCAGUGUCACCGGGGCAUGCCAGUGGCUCUGGGUAUGGUUCUAGAUAUGGUUACAGUCGAAGACAUCCAGGGAUUUUGUUUAGGGGGAAUUCAACCCGAAUGCUGAAUGGUUACAAACCUGCUGUCAACUCACAGUCAAAUUUACCAAGCAGAACUCUUAACCAGGCAACAUCAAACGCCCAGUCCACUUUACCAGACAGGUCUCAAAACCAUAGAGCAUCACAUCCUUUCAAUUCAGAAUCAUCUAGAUCCUCGUCACGAAGUGCAACCCACAGUCAGGCAACAUCAGAUCAAUCCAAUUUUGACAAAUCACAGUCUACAUCAGAGUCCAGGUCUCAAGGCUCCACAAAUUUGCAGAAUUCACAAAGCAGCUCAAACCACGCAUCCACGAUGGACACAUCAGGCUCUUCUCAUUCAAGUUCGCGCAGAGGAUCUCACAGCUCUGCAACUUCACACAACACACCAAGUUCACACACAUUAUCUGAGCAAGACACAACAAUCAGAGAGGGAAAUGAUGGCAGUUAUUACAAAAACACAGAUGCAGACGAAACCAAUGUUGAAGAACCUACUUCAGUCUCUAAACCACAACCCACAGAGGAGGAGAGAAGGGAGGAAAAGGAAAAGGAGGAGAGCAGUAGUGAAAAACCUGUGGUUCCUCGUGCCAGAAUUAGCCCUUCAUUUGCUGAAAGAUUCCCUUGGCUAGCUAGUCGUUACCCAGGCAGGUUCAAUUCAGGAACAAGAGUUUCAUCUUCCAGGCAGGAUGCUAGGACCCCCUCUACCAGGACUUCGUCCUCCAUGGGAGCUGGCACACCUGUCUUGAGGGGGACACCCACUAGGAUUUCAGGGGCCACAGGUGCUGCAGGAGUGUUGAGGAUACAGGAGACUAGUGAAGAUCUGACGAAUCCUUCCAUUCAUGACUCAUUAAAGAAUGGGGUAAGGGUGGGUUCAGUGAAGCCUUCUUUGAUUGAUAAAGAUACAGAAUCUCAUGACCCUAGAAACCCAACUACCUCAUCUACAUCAUCUUCGGCUUCACAAGCCACUUCUUCAAACCCUGAUUCCCAUCCUUCUUCACAUGGACAGGGACUCUCAAAUGAGCACAGCCAUAGAGGAACCAAUAAUGAAAAUAAUAAUGAUCAUAAUAAGGAUUAUCUCGAUGAGCGGAGCAGAGAUAUCAUUGAAAAAAAUGAUAAAGUAGCAGACUCUACAGCAACCCAAAAAGAUCCUACUAGAACUUCAGUUUACCCUCGUAGAAACAAAGAGGACAGUCAGAGUGUGGAUGCUUCCUCUAGGACAAGACCUGGAGUCACUUCAACUCAUAUUCGUCCUGGUGUAGGAGUGAAUGGGAGGGUUCGCUCUCCUCUGCUGGCUAAUCGACAGUUUGGUGGAUCUAGACUUUCCAUCAGACCACAGCCAGUGCAGAACUCAAGGCUGGGUUCUUCAACAUCUGAUUCCUCCUCAUCAUCUUCUGAUCCUGUUUCUUCCUCAAAUGCGCCCCAGCCAGUUUUGACCUCAGAUCGUGACAUUGGUGGUGGCACUACUGUGACAAAAACGGGGGGAUUAACUGGGGGCAACUCCCAGACCGCACUGUCAUCCUCAGCAUCCUCAUCCUCAUCUAGAGACAGCUUCAGAGGCCAGGGAGGUAGAACUCGCUAUCCCAUCCUCAGAGGGAAACCAACCAAUGGAGGACAGCUCAAGCCUGUUAAUGAAAAUGGUAAAAAUGGACGACCCAACCUGACAGCAACAAACGAGAAAGAGUCACCGGCCUCUCAAGGAAUCAGCAAGGCUGUUGGUCAAAAGUUUAUCACUGGACCUGAUGGAACCAAAUGGGUGGUAGACUUAGAGCAGGGCGUUCUUAUGAACCAGGAUGGACAAGUUCUCCAGGACUCCCAGGGCAAACCCAAGAGAGUGGUGCUUGGAGAGGAUGGACGCACGAUUUUUGACCUCAUGGGAAGUCCCCUGGUAAACCAGGAAGGUAUGGCUCUGUUUGGCCAUGGCCGAGAUAGUCGGCCUGUGGUCAACCCCAAAGACAAGGUCCUCAUGGUUGGAGGGAAACCUGUGCUUGGCUUGGAUCUUCCUCACCUCAGGUCUACCACCACCACCACCACCACAACGACAACGACAACACCUGAACCUACCACAACUGAAUGGACUUUAGAAGAGUCUACUACUGAAUCGGUAUUCCCAACCUGUCCACCUGGAACAUUCUCCAAAAUAGAUGAAUACGGGUAUCCAGUAUUGGACCCGGAAGGAAUAUUGGACUGUUAUCCAGAAGAGGAAUCCUCAGGAAUGGAAAUGGACUACAUGGUUACAGUGACCAUGAUGCCUGAUGCUUUAGCUCUUAAGAAAGAUGAGCUUUUUGUCCAGACCACCCUGCCACCCACAACCACCACCACCAUGACCACAACAACAACUGCCACCACCACGGAGAUCCCGACUUCGAAGCCAGACAUCAGACCCUUCAACAAAGGCCCUUCAUCCGAGUAUGACCUCAGUGGGAAGAAGCGAUUCACAGCUCCCUAUGUGAACUACAUCCGAAAAGAUCCAGGUGCUCCUUGCUCUUUGACGGAGGCUCUGGAGUAUCUUCAGGUUGAUGUCCUAGAAGACCUGAUCGAGAAGGACAGUCUGGCAGCCAGUCAGAAGCAGCCUCCUAAACACAAGCCCCAUAACUUCACUGUGGUUGCCAUGGAGGGUUGCCACUCAUUUAUCAUCCUGGACUGGGCCCGCCCAUUGAAGGAUGACAUGGUAUCAGGCUACAUGGUCCACAGUGCUUCAUAUGACGACGUCCUCAAAAACAGAUGGUCCUCUAGGUCCUCCAGCGGGACGCACCUGCCUGUGGAGAAUCUCAAGCCCAACUCGAGGUACUACUUUAAAGUGCAAGCCAAGAAUGUGUUUGGUUUGGGACCAAUCAGCGAAACGCUCACCUAUGUCACUGAAUCAGACGAUCCUCUUCUUAUUGAAAGACCACCUGGUGGAGAACCAAUCUGGAUCCCCUUUACCUUCAAGUAUAACCCAGCCCACAGCAGCUGUAAGGGCAGCCAGUAUGUCAAGCGGACAUGGUACAGGAAGUUUGUUGGCGUGGUUUUGUGUAACUCUCUGCGAUAUAAGAUCUUCAUGGGAGAUGGUCUUAGAGACCCCUUUUACAGUAUAGGAGAUACAUUUGGCCAGGGGGAGGACCACUGCCAGUUUGUGGACUCCUACAGGGAUGGGAGAACAGGUCCGGCCUACCUCUCAAGUGGUCUGCCCUCAGCACAAGGAUUUUAUCGUGCAUACAGACAGGAGCCAGUUACAUUUGGAGUUAUUGGCCGACGCACACCCCAUCCAUUCGUGGGCUGGUAUGAAUGUGGGGUACCAAUCCCUGGGAAGUGGUAACACAGGAGGAGAAGGAGACCUUGUUAUCAAGGGCAAUCCUUUUGCAUCCUGCCGCAGGCUCUUAUUGUCACUGGUCCAGCCCUUACAAACAAACUUUUGCCUGCCGCAAUGAAAAGACACCACUACGAAUUUAUUACAGCUUCACAGAAAGAGAAUAUAGUACUUUAAAAUAACUCAAUGUAUGUCAUUACCAUGCACUUUUGAUAUAAAGCAGUCUGUAUAUGAGGGAAAAAAAGAAGCAUGUGUGCUCUUGCUUAGUUUAACUCUUUUCUGAAAGUGAAAGCGAUCCCAGAGACAGGUUUUCACCCAGUGUUAUUUAUCUCGUCAUUACUGCACACACUCGGUCAAACAAGUGACAUUGGACCAAAGCACAAGCUGCAAAGCAAACUGUAAGAAUGGGCACUCAAGGUGUGUAUAGGUCUGUUAAUUUUCAGUCGUGAGAUUUGUAUUUCAUAAUGUAACGGCUUCUGACAGCCACCUUUUGUUUGUUUAUUUGUGUUUUAAAAACCAUCAUACUGUCUACUUUUUAACAUCCUUUGGUAUUCACUAGAAUUCAUUAAAAGUUACUGUGUAAGAUUUGUAUGUAUACAGACAAUAAAAGGCCAAAUAUUUGCUCAGGAACUGUGGGAGAUUGAAUAAAGGUGCUAUGGAAACCACAGCAAUCCAAAAACAUGAAUCAUAUCAUAUUCUCCCGCUACCACGUUCUUUUCCAGGAAAAGCUCCCGCACGUGAUCCAGAUCUAUACUUAAUCAACUUAAUGGAAGAUCUGAGUAACAGAAAAUGUUUGGUUGAGCCAGUUGGAACAGCAACUGUUAAAAUCAGAUGAAAUGUCAAAAACAACAUAUUGUGGACAGAGACAGAUGAGGGGAAAAGAAUGAGGAAAAAAAAGAAAAUGUCACUUCAUGAGCAAAUGUGGACAUGACAGUCAGAGUGUUAACAUAUUGCCACAUAAAUAUCCAGACUUGUGCUUUUCUUAUAUCAUAAUUUGGCUUGAAAUCAGUGGCGGGAAGUACAUUUAUUCAAGCACUGUUCUAAAGUAUAGAAAUUUGUUUAUUUAAAAAAAUAUGUUUCAGUGAGAUACCUUGUCUUUUAUUCCAUGUUAUACUCAAACAGUGUUCUUUCUACUCCAUAAUACAUUUAACUGGCACCUGUACUACCAGUGACUUUUCAAAUUGUGUGUUAUGUGUACUGUGUGUUUGUACUAAUAUGUGACUUGCUGGGCUGUUUAUCUGCAGAAUGAGUACUUUUACUCACUGGUGGUGAUGAUGAUAUAUUUCCUUUAUUAAAAAAUAGUCCAUUACAAGUACAAGCCCUCCUCUGAGAAUGUUACUGAAUUGAAAGUAUGUAAGUAAAGUCAGUAUACUGUUCUCAAAAUACCAAAAGUAAAAGUAUUCAUAAUGGAAAAAAGGAACCCCGUGAGUGUUCUGGUAUUCAGUUUCAUAUUAUUGGAUUAUAAUAGCAUUAUUUAUGCAUUUAUGUGUAAAUAGCCUUUUACUGUUUAAUGAUUUUGUUUUAGGUAAUAUAAUAUAUCAAAAUAUAUCAUUUUAUAAAUUCAUGCAUGUUUUUGUGAUUAAAUUCUGCAGUGUAAGUGUUGUUGUAAAAUAGAUAGAGCAGUCAAAAGUACAGUAUUUAAACAUACAAGUAUAUCAAAUUUGUACUUAAAUACUUUACAAUACAAUAUACUUUUGAUGCUUUGAAGUUAUGCUGAUAACUUUAAAUGCAGGGCUUUUACUUGUAAGGGAAUAUUUUUACAUUGUUUUGUUUAUAUUCAAGUAAAGGCUCUGAAUGCUUCUUCCACCUCUUCUUGAAAUGAUACUUACAUCUUUGGUGUAAAAUUUGGAAAUGCAGAACCGUCAUGGAUAUCAUUUUUAAACUGAGUACUAAUCCAAUUAUCUAGUGGAGUUGUUGGAAUUUGCUUCUAAUGUUGAUGAAUUGAGAUAACAUCUUUCACAAGGCUUAGGAUUUCAUUUUCAUGCCCAGAGCCAGUUACUGAGCUCAGAUUUUACAACGUUGUUUGAGCACGAAUUAUAGCCAAUCUGUAUAAAAUAACUGACAAAAAAGGAAAAGUAAGAUAAUAAAUGGGUCAGCGCUUCAAAACACCAGGUGGAAAAUAUUUCAUGGAUGAGGCUUAAUGAAUGGAGGGGUUCAUUUUAUACGUGUUUCCAAUUAAUCAUUACUCCAGUUAUGAGAUUUUUAGAUUUAUUUUCAACAAUGAGAUUGAUUGCUCUUACCUUAAAGCCCACAGGAGCCCCAGU